AUGGAUUUAUCGCCAGGCGAUAUAGUUGAAGGUGUAGUUACUAAGGUUGCUAAGUUUGGAGCCUUUGUUGAUUUAAAGGAUGGCAAAAGUGGUCUAGUACAUAUUUCUGAAAUUGCAGAUACUUUUGUUAAGAAUAUCAAUAAUCACAUCUCAGAAGGUGAUGAGGUUAAGGUCAAGGUUCUUAGCAUUGAUGAAAGGGGGAAAAUUGCCCUUUCAAUUAAGGAUGCCAUUGAAAAAAAAGAAGAGUCUAAGAAUGAAAAAGUAGACCAAAGAUUCGAAGACAUCUUGAACAAGUUCCUCAAGGAAAGCAAUACAAAGCUUGACGAAGCUAGAGCAAGAUACAAUCAAAAGACAAAGAAGAAGAAUUCUAGAAAUUAG